CAUUUCAAAGAUUCACUUCAACGUAGUCAUAGAUACUAUGGAUACAAAACAAACCAAAUAUACCCUUUUGGCAUUUCUCCUUAUUUUAGCCAUAUGGGCAACACAAACCCUUUGUCGUCCUCUGGACGAAGAAUACAUGUUGAAGAUGCAUGAAGAAUGGAUGGCUCAAUACGGACGAGUUUACAAAGACGCAGACGAGAAGCAAAAUCGAUAUCUCGUUUUUAAGGACAACGUUCAACGGAUCGAAGCCUUUAACAAUGGUGUCGACCGUGGAUACAAGCUAGGAGUUAACAAAUUUGCAGACUUAACAGAUGAGGAAUUUCGAACCAUGCACCGUGGUUAUAAGAGACCAGCUUCCUCCAAAUUGAUGUCUUCUUCGUCUAAGUCUACAUCCUUUAGAUAUAGAAAUUUUACUGCUGUGCCUGCUACCCUGGAUUGGAGAAAGUCAGGGGUUGUCACCACUGUCAAGGAUCAGGGCUCCUGUGGAAGUUGCUGGGCAUUCUCAGCAGUGGCAGCAACUGAAGGAAUUACAAAACUCAAAACUGGUAAGUUGAUAUCACUAUCAGAGCAAGAACUUGUGGACUGUGACACAGCAGGUGGGAACGAAGGUUGUGAAGGGGGUCUCAUGGACAACGCUUUCCAAUAUAUUUUAAACCAAGGCCUCUCAAGUGAAGCUAAUUACCCAUACAACGGAUCGGAUGGCAUCUGCAACAGGAAGAAGGCAGCAACUCCUGCAGCUAAAAUAACAGGGUACGAAGAUGUGCCAUCCAACAAUGAAAAAGCUCUCCUGCAGGCUGUGGCCAACCAGCCAGUUUCUGUUGCUAUUGAUGGUAGUGCAUAUGAUUUUCGAUUUUACAAGACUGGUGUCUUUAAUGGUGACUGUAGCACCUACCUAGACCAUGCUGUUACUGCAAUUGGGUAUGGCACCAGCAAAGAUGGGAGCAAGUAUUGGCUGCUAAAGAAUUCAUGGGGCACAAGCUGGGGCGAGGGUGGGUAUAUGAGGAUGCAGAGAGACAUCAUUGCAAGGGAAGGCCUUUGUGGUAUUGCAAUGAAAGCUUCAUACCCAACUGCAUAAUUAAAGAUGAAUAGUGAUUGGCAUAUAUUGAAACUAUUUUUUAGAUUUACAUCAUGCAAUUUGAAUAAGUGCACAGUUUGUAAAUGUUCUGCUACCUUAAUUUGAUUUGGAAGCUUAUUUCAGCUCGCACUUCCGAUUAAGCAAGUAUACUUGAUUGGAAGAUUGUUAGCUCUUGUGCACGUCGAAACUGAAUCGAUUCCGAUUUGAUUAUCCUCUGUUAUGUAACUGUAUUGAUGUCAACAAUAAACUAUUUGUCUUGUUCAUAUAGAAGUUUCUACUAGUUUAGUGGGCAAAUAAUUGGUUUGUAAUGUGAGAAAAUUAAGGAAUAACCAAUGUUUGCUAUCAGGGAAAGAGUUCAUAUGCCGCUGCUUGGAAGAAAAAAAACAAUCACAAGCUUGC